UGACGGCCUCUUCACCUUGUGCGUAAAUUCCAUCUGUUCUGCGCAUCCUCUCGCCACCGCCACUGCUCGGCUUUCGAUGACCGCAGACCACGCGACAAGACCUCGAGACCUUCGAGACGACAGCGCGCUGAUACAACAAACACUCACUCCGCAAUCUCGAGAACUGGGUGGGGCUAUUCCCAGAAAGCAGCACGACGGUGCGCCGGUAGCCACCGAUGGCUCACCAUUUGCAAAGUCAUGGGCGCAUUUUAUAGCAGGAGGACUCGGUGGCAUGGCCUCUGCAACGCUGACAGCCCCGCUUGAUGUACUCAAAACUCGCCUUCAAUCCACCUAUUACCAACAACACCUCGCCGCAAUGCGCACUGCCCGCGGCCUUCCCCCGAUAGAAACUAUGUCAUUUGCCCGCAGCGCCUUGCUACACAUCCGCGAAACAGGCGAAAUUCUUUGGCAAGUACCCAAAGCCGAGGGAUGGCGAGCCCUGUUCAAAGGCUUAGGCCCCAAUUUGAUUGGUGUCGUCCCGGCUCGUGCCAUCAACUUCUAUACCUACGGCAACGGCAAGCAAAUUAUUAGCAACAAGUUUAACAAUGGUCAGGAGUCUGCAUGGGUUCAUCUCUCCGCCGCGGCUUGUGCCGGUGUCAUCACGGGAACAGCAACGAAUCCCAUCUGGCUCGUGAAGACGCGUUUGCAGCUGGAUAAGAGCAUACAUGCUGAUGGCCGAGGGAGACAGUACAAGAAUGCUUUGGACUGUGUCAUGCAGACCGUGCGAAAGGAAGGCGUGCCCGGGCUGUAUCGAGGAUUGACUGCGAGUUAUCUGGGCGUGACCGAGAGCACAUUACAGUGGACAUUGUACGAACAAAUGAAGUUGUAUCUGGCGAAACGGGAGCGGAGAGUUGCUGAAAGCGGAUUGCCCUUGACUGCUUGGGAUCAGACCGUUGCUUGGACGGGCAAGCUGUCGGCGGCUGGUGUUGCAAAAUUUGUCGCCGCCCUAAUCACGUACCCACACGAGGUCGUCCGAACGCGCUUACGACAAGCUCCAUUGGAGAAUGGUCGAAUGAAAUAUACAGGCCUAACGCAAUGUUUUAAGCUGAUCUUCCGAGAGGAGGGGAUGGCGGCUUUGUACGGCGGGCUAGUGCCACACAUGUUCCGCGUAGUCCCAAGCGCGGCGAUCAUGUUUGGCACAUAUGAAGCGGUGCUGAAGAUGCUCGGAUCGAGCAGUAACAUGUAGAAUAACCAGAGGUUCCUGUAAGAAUAUGGCGUGCAUUAGUUUGGCGUUUAUCUUGAACGUUAGGAGGCAUCUCAACAGUGUUGAACUUCGUAUCUC